AUGUCUAAAGGCGCUAUGAGCCCUAUCAAGAGCAAUCCAGAUAGCAUACGGAGGGUAUUCUCGGUUGAGGACAACUCCAACGAGAUCCAGAACGAUGUACGCAAGCAGGGCUACCAGGAAGGGGUUGCUUUGCUAAGCAAGUCACGUGCCGGGAUGUCAAACGCUUCCACACCGCAACUCCAAAGCGCCGUACCGGCUCUGUGCGACCACCGACACAACUUGCGGGGAAUCUCGGAGGAUCAAGGACAGUUUUCGGGGUCGGACUGGGAGGCAGAGGUGAUUCCUCAGGCGCUGGGGGAUCAGGAAUCCAUCCGGACAGUGGAGUCAUUCACCCUGCGCGAGAGACAGCAUGCCAUCAACGAGACACACCCGUUCGGUAUAAGAAUCUGGAAACCUGCGCUAUAUAAAAAGUAUCGGUCGGUGCAGCAAGCGGCCAAUGAGGACAUUCACGAGACGAAGUACCGUCACAUUUCAUUGGUGCUUCAUCUCUCCAACAUUGUGUGGUCUGCGACUGUGGGCAUUUUCCUAUUUACAAUACUGUAUUUGGCUGGGCUUUCUGUGCGCAUUUUUGGGCUGCUCAGUCAGUCGGCGAGCGACUAUUCCACGAUAUUCUUCAAGCUAGGCCGUUAUUUGCUGUGGCCAUUCGGGAAAGUGGUCUACAUAGUAUCGGAUGAACAAUAUUUGCAAGAGGAUAAGGACGAAGGUGUCAGUAUUCAGCAGUUUUACAAGUGGAUCAGCGGAAAAGGUAACCGACUCUUUUAUCAUAACUCUGGCGCGGACAAUCACUCUUCGAUGGCAUUUGAAAGAGAACUGCCUUACGGUUCUAUUACUCGAGAGUUCGCCGAAUCCAACCUUAUUUCCGACGGAUGUCCAGACACAGAUGCAGGUGACUCAAUUCCUCAUCGCAGGCUUUUUGGACGUGGGCAAUGGACAAUUGGAAGGAUCGUGUUUUAUCUGAUCUUCCACGUAUUCAUACAGCCAAUAAUGAUGAUACUUGUCUUAGUUCUAUGGCUGGGCGUUUUUACUAUCCCAAUGAGCAACAUAAUAUGGAAUUUAAUGUAUCACUGCAGGCGACACCCUUUGGCUUUGGACUUUAAGCAUGUGCAGCAUACCCAUCAAUAUCCGGACGAUGAGACGAUUGGAGACAAAAACGUAUUGCUUUGUACAUUUCGUUGUGCGGGCUGGCAUUAUUACAAAUUCACAGUUGAUGGAACAAAUGUUAUUGUUAUGAACUUGAUCAGCAUAGUGAUCUUUACUAUUUUUGAUUUUUACUUUUUGAAGCGUUAUCUCGGACUGCAGCUUUGGAUUACCGGAGAUUUUAACAUCUUCUGUCUAUGUUUAUUAUCCAUUAUUCCGCUCGCAUUCUAUAUUGGGCAGGCAGUUGCAUCGAUUUCUGCUCAGACGUCCAUGGGCCUUGGCGCCGUAAUCAAUGCAUUCUUCUCGACUAUUGUUGAAGUUUAUCUAUACUGCGUUGCUCUAAAACAGUCUAAAGGUCUCCUUGUUGAAGGAUCCAUGAUUGGAUCUAUUCUUGCAGCGGUUUUACUACUGCCAGGCAUGUCAAUGUGCGGUGGGGCAUUGAACCGAAAGACGCAGCGCUACAACCCAGCAAGUGCUGGCGUUUCAAGUGCAAUGCUGAUUUUCUCUAUGCUAGUCAUGUUUGUGCCGACUAUCUUCUACGACCUUUAUGGCGAUUGGGAUUUAAUAUGUGAAGGCGAGGUCCCUCUUGAGGCAAAGGAGCGGUGCAGGUUCGCCCAGCCGCCUUUGAAGUUUGACAGCUUAUAUCUGCACGUUUUGAAACCGGUUUCCAUUAUUUGUGCAGUUGUACUUUUCUUGGCCUACAUGAUUGGCUUGUGGUUUACGCUACGAACACAUGCCGCUAUGAUCUGGCAGCUCCCAAUCAGCGACCAGCAUCAAGAUAUUCAUGCUCAACUACAGGCUCAGCAAGCUCAUUCCUUCCUACAGAGCCCAAAGAACCCGGUAGCGCCGCAUGCCGCGAUAUCCAGCGGUAACAAUGUAGCCGAAGAACCCAAGGGACAUGCAGCCCCCAACUGGUCCCGUAAUAAAUCCACAUGGAUACUAUUGUGUGCAACAUUGUUUUAUGCGAUCAUAGCAGAAAUACUGGUGGAUUGUGUCGACGAGGUCUUGAAGGAGAUUCCAUCUCUAAAUCCAAAGUUUCUGGGUUUGACGGUUUUUGCACUUAUACCAAAUACCACUGAGUUUCUCAAUGCGAUAUCCUUCGCCAUGCAUGGCAAUGUGGCUUUAUCCAUGGAAAUUGGAAGCGCAUAUGCGUUGCAAGUUUGUCUUCUGCAAAUCCCUGCAUUGGUGAUAUACUCUCUCGUAUACACCAGCGGCCUCGACCAUAGUUUGAUUAAGAUUCGGGAGCAAAUGUUCACCUUGGUUUUCCCUCAAUGGGACCUAAUUGCAUGCAUGAUUUCAGGCUUUCUGUUUACCUAUUUGUAUGCAGAAGGGAAAUCCAAUUACUUCAAAGGCUCUAUCCUCAUACUCCUGUACAUUGUCAUUACUGUGGUAUUUUACUACCAAGGUUUCAUUGAUGAUAACUAUUGGUGA